AUGUUCCUUUCUACUAUAACAGCCAGUAUCUUCUGCGCAUUGUUCUUGGGACCAAACGUAGCUGGAGCGAUCACCUUGAAAACCCUUGGACAUGGAUCAACGCUUGUACGUCGGCGUAUGGGUGUUCAACACAAUUUCAUAAACGUUGAAGGCUGUCCACAGGAGAUUUGCGGUACAUUACUGUAUAGUGUAGGUCAAACUUUGUUCGUGAUGGCACCUCCGUGUAAAGCACUACAUCAUGCUGAAAAAUUGAUUGAUGCAGCGAAUGAUCCAAGGCUCACGAAUCCAAAGACUAAAGAGCAACUCAUAACACUGGCCAAGGCUAUGUGUCAAGCUGAAAAGAAUACACCUGAUGAUUGGCAAAAGAAUCCACCUACCAAAUUGAAUUCUUUGUAUUGUCAUGACAAACCAAAAUAUAAAGAAUUAGAAGGUUUAUUCUUCAAACAAGCUCCAAAUAAUGAUCCCAAUUUUUUCUUUGAUCCUGCAUCUCACAAGACAGUCAAAUUGGAUGAACUUCCUACAACUAGGCCUUUGAACUCCAAGGAGAGUAAAUCACUGAAUGCUACUUCAACCACUUCCCUCAACAGUACUUCAACUACCACUACCAAUGCUACUUCAGCUACUACGCCUGUCAACUCUACUGAAAAUUCUACGCCUGUCAAAGCUGCUGAACCUACAACUUCCAAUGCUACUGACUCCAAACCUAAGUGA